AUGGCUGACUCGUCCCCGUCCCAUCCUCAAUACGCCGAACCAGCACCUCAACAUCUGCAGCUCUCCACGUCGUCGUCGUCGGCGGCGCCACCCUCCCUCGCAAGCCCGAACCACAUCCCCCUCAUGUCAACGUCUGCCCCCAUACUCCGUCCGGCCAUCCCUGGCUCCAGGGGUGGCGGUGGCCGGACGCCGAGACUCGGCCUCGCCAUCCCUCCAUCGCCCAGCGCGAAACCCGUCGGGAGCCAGUCGAUGCAGCCGAUGCUGUCGAGACCGGCGCCGCCGGCGCUGCACCUGGCGACUCCCUUGGGCAGUCAAACAACCCCGUAUGAGCAGCAGCCGAGGUUGCAGAGUGCCCAGCCGAGCCAAUCCACCGACGGUGGCAGCGAGAGCAGCGCCGCUCACUCGAGAUCCGGCAGCUUCGGGCCCCUCGAUGGCCGCACCAGCAACCCGACCUCGGCCGGUUCCCAAUACUCGGCUCUCUCCUUCGCCUCCCAGUACGGCAUCCCGGUGUCGAGGGCCCAGGGGACCCCGGACCCCGUGUCGGCCGUCGGGUCCAUGUACUCGGAGAGGAGCGAGAGCGGUGUUGCCAUGGAGUCCGAUGGCAACCUGCAAGGGUUGGAGGCUUUCGACAAGCUGAGCCUGGAUCGAGCGAGGAACGCCGACGUCGAGGAGCUCGACGAUGAUGGCUGGAGGAUCGCGAGCCUCGAGAAGAGGGUCGUGGAGCUGGGCAACUUGGGCGAAGGCGCCGGAGGCGCCGUGACCAAGUGCAUGCUCAAGGGCGGACAGACCGUCUUUGCCCUCAAGGUCAUCACCACCAACCCGGACCCCGACGUCAAGAAGCAGAUCGUCAGGGAGCUGGGCUUCAACAAGGAGUGCGCUUCCGAUCACAUCUGCCGCUACUACGGCGCUUUCGUCGACCCUUCCACCGCCACAAUCUCCAUCGCCAUGGAAUUCUGCGAAGGCGGCUCCCUCGACAGCAUCUACAAGGAAGUCAAGAGGCUCGGCGGCCGAACGGGCGAAAAGGUGCUGGGGAAGAUCGCCGAGGGCGUGCUUGCUGGCUUGACCUACCUGCACACGCGCCGCAUCAUCCACCGAGACAUCAAGCCAUCCAACAUCCUGCUCUGCCGAGACGGAGCCGUCAAGCUGUGCGACUUUGGCGUCUCCGGCGACUUCGGCACCAAGGGCGAGGCAAACACCUUCAUCGGCACCAGCUACUACAUGGCGCCCGAGCGCAUCACGGGACAGUCGUACACCAUCACCUCCGACGUCUGGUCCACUGGCGUCACCUUGCUCGAGGUGGCCCAGCACCGCUUCCCCUUUCCGGCCGACGGCACCGAGAUGCAGCCCAAGGCCGGCCUCAUCGACCUGUUGACGUACAUCGUCCGACAGUCGGUGCCGAAGCUCAAGGAUGAGCCUGACAAUGACGUGUACUGGAGCGACAACUUCAAAUACUUCAUCGAGUGCUGGUACGGCGAACCCCCUACCCCCGAACCCCUCCUCCCCUUCCCACCCGUCCACCUGCCGGACGGUGCGCUGACACGCUUGGACAGCUUGGAGAAGCAACCCAACCGUAGGGCGAGUCCCUGGAAGAUGAUGGAGCACCCGUGGAUGGUGGAGAUGCGCUCCAAGCGCGUCAACAUGGUCAAGUAUCUGUCCUUUGUGUGGGGAUGGGAAGGAGUGCCUCCUGCGGCAUGA